AUGGCUUCGAGUUCGUAUGUUUCACUGUUGAUAUCUUCGAGCGUAACAGCUAUGUCGACAGAAAGACGUUAUCCUUUAAAUACAAUGCUGUCAAAGUUCAAGGAAAACCUCGUCCUUAUAACGGGUUGCGAUAACAAAACCAUGAAAUUGGAACUUAGAGAUGAUAACGAUAAAUUUAUAACAGAACUGACCGAUGAAUCUAAAACCUUGCAGGAAUUGGGUGUUAAAGAUGGGUACCAUGUACGUGCAUCAGAUCCAAAUGCCAAAGCCGGUCUUUAUGAUGAUAUUCUUAAUGAGGAAGUGGAAGAAUUUAAACUGACAGAUGAAGAAUAUGCUAAAAGACAAGAUACGAUUCUUGCAUGGAAAAGGCAGAAUAAACUGGGUCGAUUCAAGGAAACAAAUCCAGAAGAACUUAAAGCAGCAGAAGAGGCCAAGAAGGCUCAGUUGGCCGCUGAUGCGAAAAAGAUUGAAAGCAUGAAGAUAGGCGACAGAUGUGAAGUUCAAGUACCCAAACAACCACCUAAACGUGGUGAAAUUGCUUUCUUGGGUGAGUUGGAUGCAUUUUGGGCUAAAUCGCAAAUGGAAGAUUACGGCCUAAUUUUAUUGCCUUUAGGUGAAACCCAAUUUAAGGAGGGUAUAUGGGUUGGUGUUAAAUAUGAUGAGCCUGUUGGCAAAAACGAUGGAAGUGUCGAAGGCUACAGGUAUUUCCAGUGUCAGCCCAAAUAUGGAGCUUUCGUGAAGCCAAGUUUCGUAGAAGUGGGCGACUUUCCUGAACUUGGUAUCGACGAACUGGAUGAGUUAUGA